AUGCAUCCGCCGAGCUCGAAACCGAUGGAAAUCGCGGCCGUGGCGUACCGCGCUGGGCUGCUCGCGCGGGCCCGUCCUGGCAGCAGGGCGCGCAGGCGGGCGUGGGAACACGGCGUUGCCGUCGGCCCCGCCCCGUCCGCCGCUCGAAGAAGGCUGCUCGUCGCGUCGCUCGGGGUCGGGGAGCCACUCCCGCCGCAAUCCCUGGGCGAGGAGGCCGUGGCGCUGGAGGUGGGUGAGGAUGAUGAUCUGGACUCGCUAGUUUCGGCCGAAAACCUCCUGCCUCCUGCUGCUGCUAUUGCUGACGUUCCUGAGGCCAGGACAGUGCGCGUCAAGUUCGUGCUGAGGAAGCAGUGCGCCUUUGGCCAGCAGUUCCUCGUCGUCGGCGACGACGCGGCGCUCGGACUUUGGGAUCCAGCUAAGGCGAUCGCCUUGGUUUGGUCAGAAGGCCACGUCUGGACGGCGACGACGGAUUUGCCGGCGAACAGGUCGAUCGAGUUCAAGUUCCUGCUGCGAGAUGCCUCGGGGCAUGUCCGUUGGCAGCAUGGCACUAACAGAACUCUGCAAAUUACUGAAACCCCAAACACCAUGGUUGUCCACGAAGACUGGGAUCACGGCAACAAACAGAAAGUAUCAGAGGAGGAAGAGCUCUCCAUCGGGGAAGAAGAUGCGAUGUUUUCCGAGGAUCUUGCAGGAACAAAUGGCGCAACGCCGGUAGAUAAGGCAGAUAAUCCCCAAAAGCAUCAGAAUCUGGAGACCGACAGGUCGGCUGCGGUGGUUGCAGAUGCUCCUCUGCAGGGGGAAAUGGUAGCAGCAAAUGGAACGGACCAACCACAGCUGAUGGUGGACAAACACCAGACGAUUCUUGAAGAGGUCCCCGGAGAACAAAACGGCACCCCUUCUGCCGAUGAUUAUGCUGGCAAUGGCAACGACGACGACACUACCUUGUGUCAGGGAGGUGAUCUGCUGCCGAAUAGGCCGACAAGUAUAUUUGAGAACGACUUGGCCUGGGCCGGGAAAGCCAUGCAGCAGCUGCUCCGGAUCCUUGGUUUCCAGAUCGGCACAACAAGAACAUGA